CCACAGUCCACACCCACCCUUUUUUGCCGUGGGCGUGCAUUGCUAGCUGCUUCGUGCUCGUAGUCCACCGUCGCCUCCGCGGCUGCGGCAUCUCUUCUAUCUAGUCUAGGACGAAAAGAAGGAACUAGCAGCAGCUAAGCUAGCUAUAGGCCGAGGAUCUUCCGAAGGAAUUGAAGUUGAGUAUCCGAUCCAUGGCAGCGAACGGGGAAGAUCGGCAGGCGGCGGCGGCGGCGGCGGCGGAAGAGGAGAUCGUACUGGAGAUGCCCGUCAAGCCGGCGCCACCGCCGCCGCUGACGUCGCCGCCGGUGAAAGUUUCUCCGGCGUGGGAGACGGCGGCGCUGCCGUCGAGCAUGGUGGCGGUGCAGGUGUUCACGGUGGUGAUGCUGUUCCUCUCCAAGCUGGCCCUCAACACCGGCAUGCGCCCCUGCGUCCUCAUCGUCUACCGCAACCUCGUCGCCGCCGCCGCCGUCGCACCACUCGCCUUCUUCUUCGAGAGGGAGAUGUGGAAGAAACUGAACUUGGCUGUGCUGGGUUGGAUUUGCCUAAAUGCUACAUUCGGAGCGGUGUUGGCGAUGGGGCUCUACUACUAUGGACUGCAGGCCACAAGCGCCGCCUACUCCGUCGUCUUCCUGAACCUCAUCCCCAUCGUCACCUUCGUCAUCGCCGUCUUGGUCAGAGCCGAGAAGGUGGCGCUGGGGAAGUGGCCUGGUAGGCUCAAGGUCCUGGGCGCCCUGACGUGCGUGGGCGGCACGAUGGUCGUCAGCCUGCUCAAAGGCCACCUCCUGCACCUGUGGCCUACGCACCUGCUGAAAGCCUCCCGCGCCGCCGGUACGCCGGCGGCGAGCGGCGGCCGUCACCGUGACAUGCUCACCGGCACACUGUUCCUGUGCGGCAGCUGCCUGGGCUACGCCCUGUGGUUCAUCGUCCAGGCAAGGCUGGGGAAGGUGUUUCCGUCAAGGUACUGGGUGACGACGCUGACGUGCCUGUCAGCAAGCAUACAGGCUUUCGUCGUCGGCGUGUUCCUCAGCCAUGACAGGGCAGACUGGAGGCUCAAGUGGGACCUGCAGCUUCUCACAGUGGUCUACUCGGGCGUGCUCAACACGGGCGUCACCUUCGUCCUCAUCUCGUGGGCGGUGAGCCGUCGCGGGCCCAUCUACCCUUCCAUGUUCAACUCGCUGUCGCUGAUCAUCACCACGGUCAUGGACUCGCUGCUGCUUGGCACCAAGGCCUUGAUGCACGGGGCAGGGUGCUGGGGGCGUUGCUGAUCAUCGUGGGGCUGUACGCGUUCCUGUGGGGGAAAGGCAAGGAGCUGCAGGCUGCAGCGGCGGCGGCGGCGAAAAAGAAGAAGCUGGAGCAAGAGCAGGAGGAGGAGAGGCAAUUAGGCGGAGUCCAGAUGACCUACUAGCUUAGCUAAUUAAGUCUCUAAUAAGCUGCUAGCUAGCUGUACCUACCUGAUUACCAAAUUGUAGCCUAACUAUGUAUCGAUGAUAGAUUGAAUACCCCACCGAGAGAAGAUAUGCUACAAAUACAUCAACACAAAACAUGAAGAGGCAAUUUGGCAGGCAUUAUUUAUAUAUGUAUGCAUGCUGUACAAUGGCAUAGCAGCAAAUAUAUGCAGAAUGCAUGUAAUUCAAUACAUCUAUAUGACGUACUUAAGGUUAA